CAGCUCGCACGCGUUUAACAUUCGCUCACAACAUGGCGAUGAGGCGCGCAGAGACACGACGGCUCUCCCCCGACUGAAAAGCGGGGACCGUGUUUUUAUGCUGCCUAUAGGAGACCUCCUGCGUUUCCCGGGACACGAGGACUUUAUUACGGAUAGUGUCUAUUUGAAUGCAUGUAGCUUUGCUUUUUUUUUUAUUUCCUCUUGGCUGGAAAAAAAAUCAAAAGGAGGAUGUCCAUGGCGCUGAAUACCUGGCUUCUCUGUCUGCUUUCGAUAUUCUGCUGUGGACUGGCUGUGCAAGAAAAUCUCAUGUCUGUGGAGCUGAGCUGUGGUGCUGGUCCCAUCCACAUGGUUCUGGAGCCUCCUCGUCCUCUGCUGUUGGACUGCCAUCUGGGGAGCGCUGAGACUCCGCUCAACAUCACUUGGCUCCAGGAUGGGGUGGUGCUGAGCGCAAGUGAGGCCGUCCGGCUGCUUCCCAACAGCUCCCUGCUGCUUCUGCCCUCAGCCAAUGAUGGGAAAGUCUCAGCAGGAAUGGAGGGAGCCUACAGCUGUCUGAGUGGGAGCUCUUUUGGGACACUCACCAGUCGCAUUGUCACUCUGCAGCUGGCCAGACUGUCUACUUUCCUCCGGGACCCCGAGCCUCAGGUUGUACAUGCCGGGGGUACCGCACGCUUCGAGUGCCGAAUAGAUGGUGUACCUGCUCCCAGCAUCACCUGGGAGAAAAACCACAUGCCGCUUCCUGUAAAUGCUGAGGCACUCAGUACGCCAAGGUUUGUAACACUUCCAAAUGGCAUUCUGCAGAUUUUGGACGUCACGCCAGACGAUGAAGGUCUGUACCGCUGCAUAGCAUCUAACUCCGCUCACAAGCUCUACAGCCAGGAUGCUUCACUAACCGUCACGUCUGAUCCUUCAGACGAAAGCGAGGUGAUGAUUGUGGCUCCUCCACAAGACUUGACAGUGGUUUUAGGACGACCAGCAGUGCUGGAGUGUAUGGCUCAUGGUCAACCCAAACCUUUUGUGUCCUGGAGCAGACAAGAUGGGAAACCCAUUUCUGCAGAUGUGCUCGUCCUCGCUACCAACCUCAUAAUACCACACACACUGAGUCACCACGCAGGAGUGUAUGUGUGUCGGGCCAACAAGCCCAAAACACGAGAGUUUGUCUUGUCCUCCGCUGAGAUCCGUGUGCUAGCACCUCCAGUGAUUGUAAAACCUCCUGAGUCUGUAUCGCUCUCUCGGGGGAAUACGGCAAGGUUUGUGUGUAACAGUUCGGGUUCUCCGGCUGCUUCUCUGCUCUGGCUCAAGGAUGGAGAGCGUCUGCACUGGACAUCACGGGUGAAGACUCAGAGCCCUGGUGUUCUCCUCAUCAACCAGCUGCGGCCAGAUGAUGCGGGAUAUUACCAGUGCCUUGCCUCCAACAUCCUUGGCACUGCCUGCGCCACUGCCAAACUGUCCGUCAUUGUGAGGGCGGGGCUUCCAAGUCCGCCUCUUCACCUGCAGGCCACGCCUCAAUCCAGCACCUCUGUUCUACUCACGUGGGAUCCUCCAGAGCACAACCGCGAGCAGGUCAUUGGCUUCUCCAUUCACUACCAACGUGCCACAGCAGGCUUUGAUAACAUGGAGUAUCAGUUUGCAGUAAACAACGACACAACAGAGUUUCACGUGAAGGAGCUGCAGCCUCACACGGCCUACACCUUUUACAUGGUGGCUUAUUCUCCUAUGGGAGCCAGUUUCCCAUCUCAGUCCAUCACUGUGGAAAUGGUAGAGGAUGAAGAUGUGUUUUCAGUGGAGUUGGAUGGAAACGAGACCCAGGUGGUCCUGAGAGAUCUGAAGCCCAAUCAUACAAACCAGUUACAGAUGGCUGCAGGAACACGUGCAGGUUUUGGUGACCUCCCGGAGUGGACCUUUCCCCAAACAACCAACCUUACUCAGGUGCUCUUUCCUCCCUCUGAGCUCAAAGUGACAGCUAAGAUGCAUUCCCUCCAUGUCACAUGGCAGCCGCCACCCAAUCACACACAAAUCACCAGCUACAAAUUGGCCUAUCAGGAAGUGGUUGGUGACGAGGCAGCCAAUCAGCAGAGCCCUGCGGCUGAUGCUUCGCACAUCAGGCUACGCAAACGUGUAAAGCAUUACGAAAUCACAGGCCUCGCUCCUGAUCGCCUGUAUGAAGUGAAAGUGUGGGCAUGUAAUAAGCAGAAUGAAGGCUAUCCUGCCAUAUGGAAGGGCCGAACCGAGAAAUUCACUGAUCGAGUUCAACCCCUGGACCACCCUCCCCCACCACCUCCCAGCAUCGUUAAAGCUCAGGCUAACAGCUCCACCUCCAUCUGGCUGCAUUGGGAAAAACCGGCUUUUAGUAAUGUACGCAUCAUUAACUACACAAUACGCUGCAGCCCUGCUGGCAACCGCAACGCCUCACUCGUCUCCUACUACACCAGCACGUCUCAGGAGAUUCUGUUGGGUGCACUUAAACCGUUCACCCGCUACGAGCUGGCCAUCCAGUCCAACGGCAUCCACACCGGCGGGCCCUUCAGCAGCACAGUGGAAGAGUCCACACUCGCUGAUAGACCCUCAUCUCCUCCUACAGACCUGCAGUUGAGCGCCAUAGACUCGUCCUCGGUUUUGGUGAGCUGGCGCCCCCCACUGGAGCCUAAUGGCAUUAUUAUAAGCUAUCGAAUGCUCUAUAGUGGCAACUUCAGUCAGCCAGAUGACCUGUGGACUAACCUGAGCCAUGCUGGAUCUCUUACUAGCACGGAGGUUCUGGGUCUUAUGAGUGGGACACGGUACUACUUUAAGAUGGGGGCAUGCACAGAGGUCGGAGUUGGGCCGUUCUCUCCCACAAAGGAUGUACACACACCACCGAAGAAAUACGAGUUGGACAUUCAUGCUGUCACUGGGAUUAUCGUCGGUGUGUGUCUCGGUCUUCUCUGCAUCCUCAUCUGCAUGUGUGUUAGUUUUCGCAACGGAAAAAGCCGUGAUGCCCCUGGAGGGUUGGAACCUAGUUUAUUGAAUCCACAAUACCACAGGAGCACCCAUCCUCUACCCACUGUUGUACCAAACUGCUCAGAUUGCCAUGAACUGGAGACCCUAAUGCCCCCAGGAGUCCAGGACCCGGUUCUGCCCCUAACUGAACCAAAUGAGCAGCAAAGCCUCAUAGGUAGUGUAACUGGAGCGUAUGAUGCACCAACAGACCUGAAGCCGAGCUGGAAUGGUUCAGUGAGCCGGGAGUGGGCCAGUCGGAUCAGCACCUAUAGAGAAACAAUAAAGGAAAAGUCACCAUGCCUCAUUAAUGGACCUCGGGAUGCUAAGGAAAAAAAGACCGGUCAUGAGGAGCAUCUGCAUUCUCUCGGCUCAAACCAGGUGGAGGCUGAAGUGAUCGUACACUCAGAGCACUCGGAUCCAGUGGAGGAGGUGCAGGAGCUACAGAGUGACACUAAUCUCUCUCUGGGGUCUCCGGGUUCACACAUCCCUUACACAGAGGAUGCGUUGUCACCAUCAUUAUCCUCAAUCAAACCUGACACUGAAAUCCAUCCUGCCUCUUCAUGCACCCCCAAAGACUUUCAGGAUGUACUGGCUAAUCACAACGGGCCGCUUGAAAACGGCCUGGCCCAGCUGACUCUGAGAGGCGCUACUGAAGAGGGGGUAACCCCUGAGCACCUCCAGCCCAUUCUAGAGAACAGAGAUCACAGACUCUGUCCUUCAAGGAAGGCUCGAUCUCAUAUAGGACUGCCCACUUCUCCUCCAGUUUUCGCCAGGUCCGGCCUCGUCAACUCUACCUCAGGUUCGCACAGCUACCUGUGCUCCUAAGCAUUAAAAGGAGAAGGAGGAAAUGAGCUGUGAUGCCAAUAUUCCACAACUGCAACCUAUUGUUUUAUAAGUGUGUACAUACAGAAUAUUUUUUUAGCUUUAGAAAACAUGGGUAUGCUUUUCGUCCCCCUUUUUUUGACUGUGUGCAUGUAUUGUAUGUAUUCGUUUAGUAUACAUGGAUACAUGCACAUGUAAUAUAAAUGGUCAAUAUAAAUAUUGUAAAUUUGGACUUUUCUUAUUCUGAAGAUGGAAUCAGCUAGCAGUGUGUGAGGUUUAGAGCAGAGCACGGGUCUAGUCCACGCUAACAGAAAUAUGUAUGAAAACGUGUUUUGAUUUUCACCAUUGAGGAUGCAUCAUUAUGCAAGUGAAGAAAUAUAAAAAUGAAUACCAAGUAAAUAAAUUAUCUAAACAAUUUCAACACGGCAGAAGUUCUAAUGAUCCUGCUUGCUUUUAAUUUGAGAAACUGUGGCAUGCAAGAUAGCAUUUUUAUUUAUUAUUUUGAAACAAAUCGGCGGAUAUUGCAAAAAUUUUUGUGGGUCCGGGUCCAAGGAUACUGUUUCUAUUAUUUUUUUAUUAUUGUUUUGUUGUAGACAGGAAAAAACUGUGCCAAACCUAUACACUUAUAUGUUUUUUUUAUUUACAAUUACGUUAGUGUGGACUAGACCAUAGUUUGAAUAACUGAAUAGACCAAUUAGAGAUUAGUACCUACAGAGCAGUUGUACAUGCAGCAAGAGAGUCCACAACCCUGCCACGCACUACAGAUUUCUCAGGGUUAACACACACACACACACACACACACACACACACACACACAUAUAGUGAACCAGAGGCUACAUUUUCCCUGAUUUUAGCUUAAUCAAAUUACACACACACACACACACACACACACACACACACACACACACACAUAUAUACACACACACAUAUACACACACAAACAGUUACAAUAGGGCAGUUUCUAUUUGCACCCAGGUGAAAAUGGGAGUGUUUUCCACCCGGUUGGCAUUUGCAAUAUAAAAAGUUGCUUGUUAGUUUAGCUUGCUUGUUAGCAAGAAUGUGUGGCAAAAUCUAAAACCCUUCAUCUAUUUUUUUUUUUUUUUAGCAAAGCAGAAUUAAAACAUCCAUUGAUAGAGCUAUCAAACUUAGCUUAUAGUUAUCAGUCAGAAAAGUAAUAAUAAUUAGCUUAAUAUUUGAUAGCUUGCCAGCUAAAAUGCUUUGCCUAAUGUUAGCUAGCUUGCUAGUAAACUUUGUAAGUAUUUAAUUUCUGGGUUUGAUUUCACAAUACACAACUUAACCUGAUCUUAGCUGAAAAAUUUCAGCUAGCUUAGCUUUUAGCUAGUUUGCUGUGUAAGCUCAGUAGCCUAGUAUUGUGUAAUUAAAACAAGCCCUUUCUUCUACACUAGACUGAGACAAAAAAAAAAGAGUAUAAAUGAAGGGUUUGUGAUUACUUUUUUUUUGUUAUGGAUGAAGUUAUCGGUUCUGUUUUGCUGAUCCUGUUUUCACUCGGGUGCAAACAGUCAGUCUGAUAAAAUACAUUCCUCGGCAGGAGUUUCUCAGGAGUUUUCUGUAAAAAAAACGAUAAAAAAAAGACGAGGAACUGCUGAGAAAAGAUGAAGGACAUGUCUACUUUACAUGUAGUCUGAUUUUUUUUUAUCUGAUUUGCUUAAUGGGAGACCUACAGCAUGUUUGAGGGUGCUUCAUACAUCUCCUACUCCCAGCCACUACCUCAUUUCUUGCAAAUGGAUGAGAUUUUUUUUUUUUUUUUUUUUUUUUGUGAUUUAAUUUUCAGGAAGAAUUUAUAACUUCGAGGCCAAUUUUGUGUACAUGAGUUUAUAAAGAUGUGAUUUGCAACUUUUAGCACUUGCAGAAGCCUCUGCCUUGUUCAUCUUCUGUCAUUUUCUGUGACUCAUUACAAUGGUUAUUCACUUUACGCUUUAACACGACUUUCUGUUAUAGACUUUGUUCGGUAUAACAGCUUGUAUCAAUCCAUAAAAGAUUAGCGUACAGAGGACUUUCCGACUGACAUGAGACGCGUCCAUUCCUCACCUCACUCAUCUUUUCUCAGGGAGCUCUGAACACACACGCUGUGCAGGGAAUCCGAAAAGAUAAAAGGAGAAAGCAAACUUGUCUGUUAUACUCUGUUUCUGUGUUCUUUCAGCCAUAAAUGACUUCUCUUGUCUUGUUCUUCUUCACUGAUGUUGAUGCGUGUUCUUUUUUUUUCCUCAGAACCAAACAUCUCUUUUUUUCUCUCUUUUUUUUUGUAUUGCUGCUAAGAGCAGAAACUGUAUCUUUUUCUUGAUAUGCAUUUUAAACUAUUAUUUAAGCAUCUUGUGUUUUUUUCUAUUGGUAAAGGAAAAUCCUCACA